AUGUCUGUAUAUAAACGAUUUUACACGAGUUUUAUUUUCAUUUUUGCGCUUUUAAUACCAUCAUUCAUUCCACAACAUUAUGUCGUUGCUGCUGACAAUUUACCAAUUGGACAAUGUGUUGUAAAUUAUGAUGCAAAUACUGAUUAUUUCCCAACUAAAGUUACUGUUGAGUUUGCCCAAUUUUUUAGUAUUCAAUACUUUAAUAAUUAUAAAUUGUUGACUAAUACGCAAUCCAAAGAAACUUUUGCUCUUUAUCAAUGUGGAACACCUGCUCCAACUACUUUACCGACUGGAACCAAAGUAUUUUCAAUAGCUGCUAAUAAAAUAGCUGCUUUGGACACUUCUAGUGUUUCUUUUCUUGAGGUUCUUGGACUUAGAUCCAAUAUAGUUGCAUUAGAUUCAUCUGAAAUGGUUUCAUCCCCAUGUAUUCAAUCGUUGAAGGAGAAAGGUAGUAUUACUGAACUUUCUGAUGAUGAAGCGUUACAUGAACAACAACUUGAAGUAGUUGAUGUAGCAUUUGGCUCACUUGAAUCUAAACCUAAUAGUUUGAAAUCUGUGAGCACAUAUCCAAUAUCAGAUCCAGGAACACUUAAUCGUGUUGAAUGGCUGAAAUUCUAUUCAGUUUUCUUUAAUUUGGAAAAAAAAUCCAACGAUAUUGUUACUCAGAUUAGUGACAACUACAAUUGUUAUAAAAAAAUGGCAGCUGAUCAUUCAUUAAAAGAGAAACCAUUGCUAGCUUGGAUUUCUUAUGUUGCUCCAGAUUCAUUCAACAAUAAUACUCCAACCUGGAAUAUUGCUGAUGCAAUUUACAAGAAACAAUUAACCGAAGAUGCUGGAGGUGUCUAUUUUAAUGCAACAACUCUUGUCUAUAGUGACACAACAAGUUUUCUUCAAGCAAUUGCAAAUGUUGAUAUUGUGAUUGAUGAGACAUUUAUCGGAUCAACGAUUGCAGAUUUCUUCAAGAAUUACAAUCUGUCCGCUGAUCAGACCACUUACAAGUUUAUCAAGAAUAAGGCUGUUUAUCGUGAAGAUGGGAUUAUUAAUCCGAUUGAUGGACGUGAUUGGUUUGAGGAUGCUAUUGUUAUGGGCGAUGCAGUUUUGGAGGAUAUGAUCAAUGUGGUGAAUCCAUCAUUGCCAAGUACUUCCUAUAAAAGAAAUUGGUUUAGAAAUGUUGCAAAUGACGAACCAAUCAAAGUUUCUUCAUCUGCUAAUUGUACUGAUGUUCAAGCUAAUAGCAUUGUUGUGAGUAUUAAUUGGUUUAUUUUAUGGGAGUUAAUUAACUAA